ACUUCCAAGCAAACACGAUAUAAUUAAGAACAAUGGACAAAUCGAAUAAUUUCAAUAAAAUGACCGAAGACGAGCGCAUACAACUUGCUGCCAAGUUAGACAAAGAAUUGGAGCAGUUUGUGGAUGGUCUACCAAAACGCAGCUACGAAGAUGGUUGGGCUGAGGAAAGCUGGGAGCAGGAAAUGGAAAGUCAUCCCUUCUUCAUGACGAAACCACCAGAAGCUGGGGAAGAAUUACACCCUCUUUAUGAAGGUUUACAACAGUUGAAAUAUGAUCCCGAUGUAAACAGCCCCAAAGAGCUUGCUACAUCGUAUAAAGAGGAUGGAAAUUUCAAUUUCAAGCAUAAGAAUUACAGAUUGGCUGUAGUAGCAUUCACAGAAGGAUUGAAAUCCAAAUGUGAUGAUCCAGAGAUUGAUGCUACUCUGUAUAAUAAUCGAGCUGCUGCUCAUUAUUUCCUCAAAAAUUAUAGAUCUUCUUUGAAAGACUGCGAGGCAGCAAUAAAUCUCAAACCGAAUUACCUCAAAGCUUUAUGUAGAGCUGCACAAUGCUGCCAAGCUACAAAUAAGCUGGAACUAUGUGUAACUUAUUGUGAUAAGAUACUUGAAAUUGAAAGUGAUAAUGGAUUGUAUUUGAAAAUGAAGAAUGAUUGUGCUGAGAAAUUGGAUAGGCAGAAAAAACAGAAAAAGAUUGAAGAAAGAGAUGAACGAAAGAGGGAAAAAAUUGUGGGGAAAUUAUACGAGGCCAUUGUGAAACGUGGUAUAAAUAUAAAAAAAGGAAGAGAUGGAUUGUUAGAGUUGUUCAAUGAUUGUUAUGAGCAAUUUGCAAAAGUACGUUUGGAGAAAGAUGGUUCGUUGACUUGGCCAGUGACACUUAUGUAUCCUGAAAACCAUUUUCAGGCACCCGAUUACAUACAAAGUUUUCCAGAAGGUGAUACGUUCAAGGAAAUAUUUAGAGUAGCAUUCAGUAGUCCAGCUGAGUGGGAUCCACAGUUUAGGUACAAAUUGGAAACUAUAAGUGUUUAUUACAAAUCAACUAAAAAUAAAUUUGUACCUGUACAAUUAUCAGAUACAUUAGGGAAUAUUUUGUCUCAAAAAGAUUUCCUGAUUGAGGAUGGAACUCCGUUAUUUUAUAUAUUUGUCAGGAGUAGUGAACUUGAGAAUAUGCUAGUCAAUGAACGUUGAAAAACACUUUUUGAUUUUAGCAUUAGGAGCAAUGGGAGCUUUUGCCCUUGCACAGAGGUUUUUAUAUAAUUUUGUAUAUAUGUCUGUAAAUAAAGUUUUAAGUAUU